AUGGAGAAACAAUCCACAUCAGGUUCUUUGUUACCCAGUGACCUAAUCUCAGAGAUUCUCUUUCGGUUGCCUGCCAAAUCUGUUGGAAGGUUUCGUUGCGUGUCGAAGCUUUGGUUAUCAAUCACCACUGAUCCAAGUUUCAUCAAGUCGUUUGGAACUACAAGGCCGAGUCUUCUACUAUGUUCAAUAAAAGGUCACAAUAUGUUUGUUAGUCAUCAGAGUUUGAUCAGGUCUUCCUCUUCUUCUCAGCCUUUCCAUCUUCAUCCAAUGGAAGUUCCAGGAAAACAUUGUUACUUCUCCUGUAUGGAUUCUGUGCACGGCUUAAUCUGCAUUAAUGGUGUAAAGUCCAAAGUGCCCUUGGUCUGGAACCCUACCAUGGGGAAAUUAUUAGCUUUACCAAAACCAAAGAUGAGCUCCAGACAUGCAGAUGUCUUUUUAGGAUACGAUUCAAUCGUAGGUAAACACAAAGUAGUGUGCCUUCCCCAUAGAAAAACUUGCUACGUCUGCCGAGUUUUUACUUUGGGUUCAGGGCAAGAAUCAUGGAGGACCGUCAGAACUAACUUUAAGCAUCGUGUUGAAGCCGUUGCUUCUGGCCAAUGCAUUAAGGGGAUGAUAUAUUAUCUAGCCUGUAAUCGUCAAGGGUAUGGUACAGUUGUAAUGAGCUUCGAUGUGAGAUCUGAAAUAUUCCAUAUGAUAGAACUACCCUCAAGUAUUCAUUGGGAUGUGCUGAUGACUUACGAGGGGAAAAUAGCUUGUAUUGAUGAAGAUAAUGAUAAAAGAUUGUGGAGUUUGGAAGAUGCAACAGAUAAACACAAGUGGUCGUUUCAAGACUUUCUAUCACCUGUAUAUAAGUUUUUCGAACUACAAGGUUUCACUCAUGCUGGUGAGUUUAUUUAUGUACCUUUCAAGUUCUACAAAUCUUCUUAUAUCAAAUUCUACGACCCGGUGAGAAACAGUUGUAGAAGUCUCAAUUUUGAAGGAAUAGUAGAUGGGCAAAGCGUGAAGGCUUUCCCGAAUCACAUUGAAAGUCUUAUGCCUUUGUAA